AUGCCAGAAAUGAAGAAUGAAAGACUUGUGAGUAUUGCUUCUACUGAACCCACAAGCAUUAUCAAGAGAUAUUCGAAUAAUGCAACAAUUCCAGAUUUUUCUAUUUGUCCUAUAGCCUCUGAUGCUCUAGAAUCUGGUCAAGAACCAGAUAUUAACAUCACAAAUGUUACAUGUGAUGGAAUUUGUGACGCCAUUAACAUUCAUUCAACAAACGAUAGUUGUUGGACCUUUGCGAAAAUCAGUUAUUCAUGUGAUCUAUACUAUUGUGAUGAACAACUCCCUAGCGGUGGAAUGCUCGCAUUUGAUCCCAUUAUAACUUUAAAUAUAACAUCUGUGAAUAUAUCAUCAAAUGCUUUAGUUUCGAAUCACAUUGAAAUUUAUUUUAAAAAUGGAUAUUUUUAUCCGAUAGCCCGUGGCCGAUGGGUCAUCAUUAAUUAUUUUACAAGGAUUAGAAGGAUAAGCAAUUCAUUAAUAAACAGAUUUUUUGGUAUAACUGAUGUAGAAAAAAUAUUUAUCGAAGCAAAUGUUCAAGAAUCGAUCGAGACUUCAAAUAUAUCUUAUACUAUAUUAGUAAUGAGAUCAUAUGGUCUUGAUAUUUAUGAAGAAGACAAAUAUGAUUAUGAUUGCAAAGCUGGAAUUCCACUUGCUGAUGAUCCGCGUAAAUUGCCUCCUAAUGCAUCUAUAGAAGACAGAAUUGCAGUAUUGGAGGAUUUAUUAAAGGAAUAUUUUCUUGAUUCAAGUUAUUUACAGAUAUUAAAAAAAACACGUGAGAGAUACAUCACUAAUAAUAAAAUUUAUGAAGAGCUCAUAUCAAAAGAAAGUGAUGAUGACAAUAUUAACGAACAAAAUCUUACUGAAGAUGAAAGUUUUAGAAAACAAAGUAUUGACAUUGGCAGAGGCGAUAUUGAAGAUCAAAUAAAAGA